AUGAGGGAAUGGAGCUUGGAAAAUGAGGUGGAAAGAUUCGUGAGCGAGGCGAGGAAAAGACAAGAUAAGAAGGACAAAACAAAUGAAGAAUGGAGAAGACAAGAAAAAGAAAAGCUCAUUGGAGAAAAGCCAAAAAAAAUUAAUGGAAAUGAGCUGGAGGAAGAACUAAAAGAAAGGAAGCAAAAAAGAGCAAGAGGUGAUGAAGGUGGGGAAAUAACUUACGUCGGGGGAGACGAAGAGAGUUUAGGAUCAGUAAUUGACCUAAUACUAACGCUGGACAGAGGCGAUGAGCAAGAAAUAGAGGUAAGAGUGGUGGAAAGAAUAGAGUCAGAUCAUCUACCAGUGUUGGCGAGAUAUAAGGUAAAGAGAAAUGAGGAAGAGAGUAAGGAAGGAAGCUGCAUUUCAGAGGAGGAAGAGCAGGAAGAAAUUGGAGCAAAUAAGCUGAUCUGGAAGAAAGAAAAAAUACAGGAGUAUGCAGAAGCAACGCAGGAAGCACUGACAGAAGCACUAGAGGAAAAAAGCGAGCUUGAGUGGGAGGAUAUAAAGGAAAUAGUAAGAAAAGGGGCUGAAAAAACGGGGAUGGUGAUGAAAGGAAAGAAAGACAAAGAUACAAAGGAGAAAGAAAAGUGGUACAAUAUCGAGGGUAAAAAAAAAGAAAAGAAGUAUGGAAAAAGCUCAAAGAAUUCAUCAAGGAUAAUAACAAAGAAAAAAAGAGAAAUCUGA